CCCAUUCUGUUGUGUCAUUACUGGUAGAGUGUCAGUACUGGCUAAUUUUUUUUAAAACAUUGUGUGAUUGGACAAUCCCCGAUUCGACUCAUUAGCGCAGCUGCAGUUCGUUAGGUCGAUUCACGUUUACGUUUGCAAAGUGGAGUAGUUUCAAAAUGAGAGAAAAUUCUGUUUUGUCUUUACAAAAAAAUGCUUUUACAAAGCGUUCACUUGAAGAAAAAAACAGGAUAAAGGAGCUUGGACCGGAUCGUCCCAAUUUACAAAUUCAGCAGCAGGCAAGUGAUCGUGGACGAUCCUACACGCGGGCUUUUUCCAGCUCUUCUUAUGACAAGCGGAGUUGGCUAGCUGGAUGUGAUGUAAGCAAUGCCUUUUACUGCUUUCCGUGUUUGCUAUUUCAAAGUUCUGGCACGGAGGCAAUGUGGACAACAACUGGGCUUUUUUUCCAGAUCAUCCAAGCGCACAAGCGUUCUUGAUAAAGUUGUGGCCCACAGACUACCAGCAUCCAGCAAUGUCAGAUGGAACUUUCACAGCCGUGCCAUCAAUACUGUGUUUGAGCACAGAGAGGACCUCAUCCGCUGUUUCCAAAGCAUACAAGACUCUGAAGAAGGUCAUAGAUUCAGUCUGUAUCCAGGAGAGCAUCCAACAGUUCCAGCAGGACAUUCAAAAGAUCAGGUCUGUGAUAUCAUACUGGGACACACCAGGGAGCGCUUUUCUUUCACAAACCACCUUGUUAGUGCCACACUCCUGCAGGGGGACAGAUUUGAACAAUACAACACAGCAUUUCCUGAAGAUGCACUGAGCAACACCUUAAAAGCCUAUCCAGUGCUCAAUCGAGGUAAGCUGAAGACAGAGCUUACUCUCAUCUACAGCAAGGAAGAGUUCAAAGCCUGUUGUGGUGCUGUGGGCCUACUCCAGCUGUUUAUGGAAAACAAUCUAGAAGAAGUCUUUUCAGAAACUGUCACGCUCUUGAAGAUCCUCAUCACCACACCCAUGACCACAGCAGAAGCUGAACGGUGCUUUUCAACUCUGAAAAGAAUCAAGACUUUUCUGAGAAACUCAAUGACUCAGGACAGGCUGAAUGCAUUGGCCAUGUUGUCAAUGGAGAAAAGACUAGUCACAGAGAUGACUGACUUUAACAAGAAUGUAAUUGAGAAAUUUGCAGGGCAGAAGGAAAGGAGGGCAAAAUUCAUGUUCAUAUAG